AUGGGACUAUCAAAAACUUCAAAAUAUUGCAAAAUAUUCUUUCUCAAUGGACCUGCAGGAACAGAUGAUAAAAUAUUACUUCCAGAAAAUAUUAAAUUAUUACCUCAAAAUUUGAAAUCACUCAUUAAUACCAUAUAUCCUGAAAUUAAUAUAGCUGGAAUAUGUGAUAACAAAUAUUUUAGUGAACGAACUAUUCUUUCUUCCCGAAAUGAAGAUAUAGAUUAUAUUAAUCAAGAGGUUCUUAAUAUAUAUUCAGGAAAUCAACAUACUUACAUGAGUGCUGAUAGUGCUGUAAUAGAAGAAGUUCUUUUACCUUACAAUAAUGUUGAUACAACAACAACAAAUGUAGUAUAUCCAGAAAUACUUUUAGGAACUUAA